AUGGCGUCACCUUCCGCUAACACGUUCUCCCAAGCACAAAUAGAAAUGAAAGUAGACCAAGCAUUAGAAAUGGCGCAACAGGAACAAGAAUUUCGGUCGCGUGUUGAAGCGAUUUCUAAGCGAAGACGGCACUCCAACGAGUCGGACGACGUCGAGAGUCACACGAGUCGCGUGUCGCAUUAUUCUGUCGCCUCAACGCACUCGAUACGAGGCUUUGAAUGGCUACAAAACCCUAUAAAAGGACGGAGUAAUCCUCGUAUGAUCGAAUCAAGUACUUUUCGGGAACAAUUUGUGGAAAAUCGGUGCAGUUUGCCAACGUUAGAGAGCUCUACAGCUGAUGGAGUGUCUCAUGUACCAGUAGAAACAAUUGAAGACGAAAAAAAGCGUCAAAAGAAUCGAUGGAGGAGCAAAAAAGACCACAAACCAUCAACUGGAGCUCGAAAUAAUGAGAAUUACUUUGCUCCUCCGUCACCUGUGGCAUCAACAGUUUAUUCCAAUCGAACAAGGACAAAAAGUGGAGAAAGUAAAAGGUCGUCGUUUAGGUCUUGGAUGGUAAAACGAGGAGACGAGUUUGAUGAUGAGAGGGAGGAGGAAAACGAGAUGGAACAUGGAGAGAAAAAGACCAAUCCUUUUGAUGUUAUGCACUUGUUUAUCAAUGGAACCCCUCAUGUGUCGAUUGAAGAGACGCAAAAGUAUACGUUUGCAAUUGUGUUGAAACACACGUCACAGAUUUUUCAGCUGUUGAAACGACGAUUUCCGUCGCGCUCAGCAGCUUCAAUUCGACGAGAUUUACCGUAUCAGGUGAGUGUUUUACAGCAAAAAUGUGUGCGACGACUGAUUCAAGCGGGACUCGGAGUGAUUCUACUGGAUGACGGACUAUAUAAUAAUUAUUUGAAUGAUCAACGUGGGAUUCGCAGUCAUCAUGACUUGGAGAGGGAAGAGAACGUUUUAGGCUACACCAGAAACUUGUGCAUCUUGAUUGAUCCUAAGAAAAACCCAGACUUGCUGCUGCAUGAGUUUAAGCGUGAAUUGGAUGAGCUGUCAAUCAAGCGUGGCGAUUCGCUUGGGCGGCUCGCUGAGGAGUCGCUCGACUCGCUCAAGGAAAUGUGUUUCUCGCCGGCACUGGAGCUGCAGCUCACGCACAAUAUUAUCAAGAAUGCUUUUAAAGACUACGACAAGGAAGAAUGGGUUAUCGACGUAAACAAGGAGCUUACGGUUUCGGACAUUAUUGUGGAGUGUUUCCCUCUGCACGAUCGUGCGUUCAACCGAAAGUUUUUUGACGAAUAUCGCAAACGGACUUUUGAGUUGAAUCUGCGCAAAGCUGCGGCGGGUAACAGUGAUCGCUGGGCUGUGGAGGAACUUCGUCUCCACUUUGGCGAACGUGUAGCAUUUCUUUUUGCGUUCAUGCACAUUUACACCAAGCAUUUAUUGCCGCUUAUGCUGGGAUGUCUGCUCUACUAUUUGUAUUUUCGCUUUACGUCUACGCCAGUGUGGAAGCAGUACAUGGAAGGGUUGGCAGUCAUUGGUGUGUUCGUGGUCUGUUUCUGGGGUCCAUCUUUUCUCGUAUGUUGGGCUCGCGAGACACGUUUGCUUGUGGAGAAAUGGAAUUUAACGAAGUACAAAAAUACCGUGUACGAACGCAAUGACGACAAUCCUGGUUUUAAGUACAUGUGGGUGAAGAAUCAGCUCACGCACGAAAUGGAAAAGAUCCCCAGACAGCGCAAGAAUCACUGGAUCCAGCUUACCAUGCUGCUAUUUGUUCUAGUAUGUGCCGUGAUUCAGUGCAUGUGUCUUGUGCCGUUUAUCCAGUGGUAUGUGUACGCAAAGAACGCCCCCACGUGCGAUGCUUGUAAAGGUGACGAUGAGGAAAGUUACCCUUGCAUCUGGUUUAUGACGUGCUUUAACUCGACCACCUCUGCAUUGGGCACGGAUCGGUGGGUGUAUAUCCUUACCCAAGGUAUCAUCCUCGGUCUGCUUAUCGAUAUUUUUUUCUUUGAGCUCUUUAACUGGAUGUCGGAGAAGUUUGUGCAGUGGGAGAACUAUGCAAAAAAGUCUGAUCAUGAGAACCGCCUCAUCCACCGUCGAUUUGUGUUUGUCUGGAGCAACUGGUUUUUCUGGUUCCUUUUCAUUUCGUUUGUCUACAUGCCGUUUGGUGACACGAUCCUGAAGCUUUUUCACACAUUUGGUUUUGGCGCGCUGGCACCAUAUGAGUGGAACCCAACUCUUCUUGCGCUUGAAACGCUAUUUGUCACUCCGCUCGUGGUUACACAACUCUUGAACAUGGUUCUGGAGACGAUCGCACCAUAUCUGCUGCGCAAGCUUCGUGGCCGCCCAUCUAUUGGUUGUCGUCAAGCCUCACCCAUCACGUUGUGUGUGCGCCACUUUUCGCGGUGUUUCCUCUUCUCGAAGUGCCAGAGGAAGUCCAUGCAACCGGAGACUGCUAGCACCAUAAAUGGCCACAUACAGCUUGAAGUUAAUGAGAACAGCGGCCCAGUCACCAAUUUGACAGCAACUCGUCUGGCACAGUUGGUUCAAAAAGACACGGGUUUUCAUGUGAGCGUGAUGCCUAUGUCCGAUGACUCCAACAAAUAUUCGGCGUAUGAGAUUUUGGCGGAAGUGAAACUACCGAUAUUUGAUCCGGUUUUGGAUUACCUGGAUGCUUGCAUUCAGUUCUCGUAUGUGAUGAUGUUCACAGUGGUAUGGCCGCUGCUGCCACUCCCAGCUUUCUUCAACAACAUUUUGGAAGUUCGCGGUGAUGCGUUCCGGCUGCUAUUUGCAAACCGAAGACCGAUGCCACGACGUGAUACAUCGAUCGGUGAGUGGGCCACGGUGCUCGCAUACGCUAACAUUAUCGGUGUGACGGUCGUGUCAGCUUUCGUCGUGGUAUACCAUUAUGGAUACUUUCGAACGAAUUGCAACUUCACAUUCAUCAGCGCGAACGUAAUUCCAUUCGGAACAAUUGAGCCUAGUGAGACUGCUGAUCCUAGCUCAUGCGUGAAUGACAGUGAAUCGUCGCGUUGGCGCAUGUUCCAGAUUGUGCUGUUCGUGGUGUUGGAGCACGUGAGUUUCUGCGUCCGAUACUUGGUAAUGCAGGUCGAGAAGACUCCCGCCUCCAUCCGUAGCUCGGGCUACCAGCGGCUGAAACAGAUUCAACACCUGACGGCAACUCCAGCCGCCCCACCCUCUCAGCUCGAGUACGUGCAACGUCUACGUGUGUUGUUUGAAAAGUAUGACAUUGAUGGUGACGGUCACCUGGCGGAAUCGGAGCUCACCCAGCUUCUAGCUGCCUGGUUGUGUAAGCACCCAUCGGAGCUGCUGCCAUACUCGGGACUCAUUUUCCGCUAUAUGGACAAGAACAAGUUGGGUAAAGUGCCGUUCUCUACAUGCUGCCUGAUGAUGCAGCAUGUGAACCAUGAUCGAUUCUUCUCCUGUUUAUUGGGUCUGUACGAUCCGCUAAAUGGAGCCUAUAACGACGAAAUUCGCCGUACGUGUGAUCCGAUCGAGCUGCAUCGUGUGCUAAGCGAGGUUUCAUCCGAGGUGCAGCGCCGCAGCAACAUAAGUCGCACAUCUGAGGCUACGGAUGUCUCGCGUCUGCGUGAUUCUACUUUUUUUUACGUGGAUAACUGA